AUGGUCUACGGGAUGUCUCUUCAAGACACGUUACUGGUAUAUAGGCUCCUGGGUCACAUCAGCGAUUGUAGGUAUAUAUUAGGGGUGCGCAAUGUGGUCGCAGAAGGCCUUGGAACCCAGAAGCCUGUCGGAGCGGACGAUUUCGAAAACGUUUCUUGCUACUGCACCCGAUUAAGCCGCAUCAUGUCUGCCAAGGUUGUUGCCUUCCUCGCGUUUGCGGUUCUGUCUUCUGCCUCUGCGUGCAGAUGCAGGUACGCGCCGACGUUGCAGAGAAGUUACUUUUCCGAGGACGUGGUGAAUUUCGUGAAAGCCAAGGUGGUCGCCAAGGAUGAGGAGAGUCUCGAGAACAAGUACACCCUCGCUAUCCAAGAGAACUACAAGGGAUGCAAACCGAGCCCGCACGUAGUGGUGUACUCGGGGACGCACUCCUGCGGAGUGCAGCUGGAGGUGUCGAAAUCUGCCAUCGUUCUGCCGAUAAGGGGCGGGAAGAAGCCGUCCAUCGAUCUGUGUGACUUCAUCAGCUCCUUCAACGGGCUAUCGGACAGCGAGAAGGAGUUUCUGGACACACGUUCUGCGUGCUGCAAGGAGAUUUGCCAGUGCACCAACGGCGAGAGCCCGGUGAACUGCCUGGUGGACCCGUGCGAGGUGACGGAGGCGCCGUGCGCGGAGGCGACGAAGUGCGUGCCCAACUUCUGCGGCGGGUGCCUCACCGACUGGUUCACCAGCUCGGGGGCGGCGGCGUGCGUGUAGAGCGGGGUUAGACGUUGGGGUGCGCGGGGCGCGGCGUGAGGAGAGGCGGGGCCUUAUCGUGUUCGGGCGGCGUGGGGCGCGGACGGGGGUGGGAAGGUUGGUGUGAUGUGGGACAUUAAAAGUUGCAAAUCCCUUUUUAGUAGGUCUGUGUUUGGUGCCUGCGGAGAGGUUGGCCGAUAUGCUCUGCGUGUAUGCGUACGGUAGAUUGUUGUGGGCGGGUGCGGGCGGAUGCGCAACUACGUGUAGUGUACCGAACUGGGUUUACAUUGGUGGAUUGAGGCUAUCGUGGUACAUUGCUGGAUAAACGAUUGCUUACGUUGUAGACUACAACGUAGGCAAUCGUGUAUGCAACUACAACUUGUAGUUAGGUACCGUAUUACAGUCUGUACGGUUACAGUAUCGACAAUUCAUAGUCUAGAUUAGAGAGAAAAAUAGCAUCGAGCAGGUGCCGACGCUUUUACUCUAAACUAAAGACAGACACAGCUGUGAUGCAUGUGAUUCCAGGAACACCGAUGCCCCCGAUCCCCUGGGGGUCGGGCGGCCGGCGGUGACUUUAUUGUG